ACGUUAACACGUGAGGAAAUGACGUCAUUGCUCUUUGGCUCGCUGCUGGCAGUCCUAACCAUGUGGUCAUGAAAGAGAAAAGUUUCGAAAUAUUAGCUGUAGGUCAAAGACAAUAACUGUGACACGAACAAUAACAAGAACUCCGGUCAAAUGAGUCAGCUCGUCAUGACAAAAUAUCCUAGAUAUUACUCUUAGGUCUGGAAUUGUAUAUUGGCUCGUAUUUCACCCCCACAGUGGACGAGAUGGUACGUUCCAACGUCAUCGCCCGGUAAUCAUCACAACAGGCACACAACACAAAAGCUGCAGCGAAGUUUAAGAGAGUGGGUUGGGAUGUCGUGAAUUAAGAGAGGAGGACAAAAAAAAAAAAGAAGCUCAAAAAAAUAUAUAUGUCAAAGUUAUUAGAGCGACUGAAUGCUCGACUUUGCAACAGAGCCAGGCGGUGAUGGAGCACGUUUCAGUCCAAAUGAGAAAAGUUGAAAGUUCGAUGUACCAGUUGCCAAUGUACCAACCCAGCUAGCUAAGCUAAGCUAACUAACUAACUACGUAGCUCGUUAGCUAACCAAAACAAAACCCAGGAAUGAGGUCACCUUAUUUCUCUUGACUAUUGUCUGUGCCUCGUUAAGUUAUGCAAACUGAGAGCCUAAAGCAAGAGGAGGACUUCUGGGUGAGACUUGGCUAGCGAGUUUGAGCUCGCACACAACGAGACAACAAACAUCACGCGCAGGCUAGCUAGCGAGAUAAAUACGUAAGUAAAUGCCAUGUCUGACCCAAGUUGCUGGAGUGCAGCUACGAGCAGCAAAGCUCAUUUCGUCACUGGAGUGAUGCUUAAGCGAUCCAAAAGUUGCCGCAGCAGUAGGAAGAACCUUGGGGUUGGUACGCCUUCGCCGACACGCCCUCUCUCACCCCUGUCAGUCCACACAGCUGCCAGCAGUCCUUUAGAUAGCCCAAGAAAUGUGUCAGCCAUCGCCUCCCUCAACUUCCCUUUUGCUCGCAGCCACCUGGCUCGAACUGACAGGGCUGAAGGUAGAAGGUGGUCACUGGCUUCACUUCCAUCAUCUGGGUAUGGCACCAAUCCACCCAGCUCCACUGUCUCUUCCUCCUCCUCUUCCCAAGAACGCUUGCACCAGCUUCCAUACCAGCCCACGCAAGACGAGCUCCACUUCCUGUUCAGACACUUCCGUAGCUCGGAGAGUAUGACUGAUGAGGAUGGCCGAAGCUCAUCUUUCAUACGCCCUCGCUCACGUAGUCUUAGUCCUGGACGAACAAGUGGCUCCUUUGACAGUGAAACUGUGAUGAUGAACCAUGUUUACAAGGAAAGGUUUCCUAAGGCGACGGCCCAGAUGGAGGAGCGCUUGCUGGAGAUCGUCACACACUGUUCUGCUGACAGCACUUUACCUCUCGGAGAUGGAGUACUGGGUUUUAUCCAGCACCAGCUGGUGGAGCUCGCCAGGGACUGUCUGGACAAGUCACAGAAAGGCCUGAUCACCUCCCUCUACUUUCUAGAGCUGCAGGAGAAUCUUGACAAGCUGCUGCAUGAGGCUCUGGAACGUUCUGAGAGUGAGGAGGUCACAGUCAUCACCCAGCUGGUAAAGAAGAUUCUCAUCAUCAUAUCGCGUCCUGCAAGGCUGCUGGAAUGUCUGGAGUUCGACCCUGAAGGGUUCUAUCACUUGUUGGAAGCAGCAGAGGGUCAUGCUAAAGUUGGCCAAGGCAUCAAAACGGAUAUUCCUCGUUACAUCAUCAGUCAACUGGGUCUGAAUCGAGAUCCCUUAGAUGAAGUGAGUCAGCUAGAGGAAAACUAUGAGUCUGGGCCUUCCCUUAACGUGGACACAGAGGAGUCUGAUCAUCAGAAUAGGUCUGUGCUCACCCCACCCCGAAGGAAACCACUGGAGAGUGACUUUGAGACUUUGAAGCUGAUCAGUAAUGGAGCAUACGGAGCUGUGUACCUGGUGAGGCACAAAGAAACGCGCCAACGGUUUGCAAUGAAAAAGAUCAACCGGCAGAACCUGAUCCUAAGGAACCAGAUCCAGCAAGUGUUUGUGGAGCGGGACAUCUUGACGUUUGCGGAGAACCCUUUUGUUGUCAGUAUGUUCUGCUCAUUCGAGACCCGUAGGCACCUCUGCAUGGUCAUGGAGUAUGUGGAAGGUGGUGAUUGUGCGAAUCUGCUCAAAAACAUGGGUCCGCUGCCUGUUGAUAUGACCCGAUUGUACUUUGCGGAGACUGUUCUAGCUUUGGAAUACCUGCACAGCUACGGCAUAGUGCACAGAGAUCUCAAACCUGAUAACCUGUUGAUAACCUCAAUGGGGCACAUAAAGCUGACAGAUUUUGGCCUCUCCAAGAUUGGCCUGAUGAACAUGACAACAAAUCUCUAUGAAGGCCAUAUUGAGAAAGACACCAGAGAGUUCAUCGACAAGCAGGUUUGUGGUACACCGGAGUACAUUGCACCAGAGGUUAUUCUUCGCCAAGGUUAUGGCAAACCUGUAGACUGGUGGGCUAUGGGAAUCAUUCUUUAUGAGUUUCUGGUGGGCUGCGUACCCUUUUUUGGCGAUACACCAGAAGAACUUUUUGGUCAAGUUGUUAGUGAUGAUAUAAUCUGGCCAGACGGUGAUGAUGCUUUGCCAGUCGAUGCCCAGGACUUGAUAACACGUUUACUGAGACAGAGUCCCAUUGAACGACUUGGUACAGGGGGAGCAACUGAGGUUAAACAGCACACAUUCUUCACCGGCCUGGAUUGGAAUGGUCUGCUUCGCCAAAAAGCUGAAUUUAUCCCUCAGUUAGAAGGAGAUGAUGACACCAGUUAUUUUGACACUCGAUCCGAUCGCUAUCAUCAUUUGGUUUCUGAUGAAGACGAUGAAACAAACGACGAUGAGUCGUCUUUGGAAAUUCGCCGGUUUUCCUCAUGGUCGAACCGUUUCAGCAAGGUCUACAGCAGCACAGAAUAUCUGGCCACGCCGUCCAAUCUGAGUUUCUCAUCCGACCGAAGUCACAGUGAAGAGCAUGAGGACCGUUCAGAAGGCCGAGAGAGCCACUCACCUGGAGAGAUGCACAGGCAGAGCAGCACAGGAGCCCCGGAUAACAGGAGACUCUCAGGACACCGACCAUGCCUGCGACCAAGAGCCUCCUCCAGCUCCUCCCAGCCAGACCGCUGUGUAAGCCCUCUGGUGGCAAGUAGUACACACAGUCUGGAAGCCAUGCCGCGUGUUGCACUCUCCACUGAUGAUGAAGCUGAGGUGGCUGCGUCCAGCCUGCGACGAAUCAGGCUGCGUAGCAACAGUACGGGAACAAAGCACUCAUCUCCAAGGGAACACGGCAGUCCAAGAUGUUUUGGCAACCAGCUUGAAACACCUGACAGACAGCAUCUCUCUCCAGGGGGCAAAGUGCCAAAAUCUGCCUCUGUGUCAACACUGUCCCUCAUCAUUACUCCAGAUGACAUGAGUGGAGCGCUUCAAGCCAGCCCCAUUUCCCCACACUCCAUUUCAUCCAAUCCUUCAUCCCGAGAUUCCUCCCCAAAUCGAGACUUGUCCCUCAGCAUCAGCUGCCUGCGGCCUCCCAUCUUUAUCCAUAGUUCUGGCAAGAAGUACGGCUUCACCCUGCAGACCAUCCGUGUCUACAUAGGAAAUAGUGACGUAUACACCAUCCAUCACAUGGUCUCGAGUGUGGAAGAAGGCAGUCCUGCUCAUGAAUCUGGCCUGAGAGCAGGAGAUCUGAUCACUCAUGUGAAUGGAGAGUCAGUGCAGGGAUUGGUGCACACAGAGAUGAUGGAGCUGCUUCUUAAGAGCGGUAACAAAGUGGCCUUGCAGACCAUUGCCCUAGAGGACACAACAAUAAAAAUCGGACCAGCAAGGAAAACAAGUUAUAAGGGCAAGAUGGCCCGGCGCAGCAAGAGGGGCAGGAGAAAGGACAACCAGGACCGACGGCGAAGCGUCUUAAAGAAGCUUUCUAAGCAGAGCACGGUAAUGCACAGCAGUCGCAGCUUCUCCUCUGGCCUCCAUCACUCUGUGUCCUCCAGUGAGAGUUUGCCUGGCUCCCCCACACACAGCUUGUCACCCGGUCCCUCCACACCAUGUCGCAGCCCAGUUCCAGACCUUGCUGCUGAUGUAAACUUUUCCCAGAGUGGCUCUCCAUGCUCCAGCUCACCAAGUUCUCCAGCUGUCCAGAUGCGUCCCAGCUCACUACAUGGCCUGGGUUCCAAACUUGGCACUCAGCGUUAUGCUAAAGUCGGCCGGCGCAAGUCCACGAGCAGCAUCCCCCCAUCACCGCUAGCUUGCACUUCCUCACCCCAGGCCUUGUCUCCUCAGCACUCCUCUUCUCCUUUACCCAGCAUCGCCAAGACCCUGCAUUCCUACCACGGUAAAACACUGUCUCCUCCCACUAUUGUACGCCACGGGGUUCGACCCCGGAGCACUGAGAUUCCUGUCUCACCUCUGCUGAAGAGAGUCCAGUCUGCUGAAAAGCUCUCUGGUGUCUUCCACGGAGACAAAAAGGCCCACGGUCCACGGCGGCACACACUAGAGGUUCCUCACUGUGAGUUGGACAUGGGUGGGGAUGCAGAGGUAGAGUCUCAGUAUGGCUCAGACCACGGCAGACUCGGGGGAUUUGCUGCCGGCCAGAUUGUAGUGAUGCGAAAGCUGAAUUUGUCCGAACGCCGUGACUCCUUCAAAAAACAGGAGGCCGUGCAGGAAGUUAGUUUCGAUGAGCCAGAUGAAAGAGUCGGACAGACUCCAGCCACACCAAGCAUGCCAGCUGAUGCUCGGCCCAAGCACAAAGCUGAGUGGGUGGUGCCAAAUACACAGCCCAGGGAGGAGUGUGUGGUCAGGAGGGUCCCUCUGGUUCCUCAGAUUGCUGUACAGGGCUCAGAGAGUGAGGAGCUAGAGGACUGGCAGCCAUGUUCUGAUGAGGAGGCAGACGGGAAAAACACAAGUGGGAGUUUGGACUCGCACUCAGAAGACAAGGGAAGACCAGAGAGUGCUUGUUCUUCCAGCAUUUCAUCAGACAGCUCAUCAGUGGUGUCUAAGAGCAAAGGCCACAAUUCUGACACAGAUGAAACCUCAAGCAUGAGUCCAAGGAAGGGGAAACUCCGAGGAAAAUGAAAUGUUGAUGUCACUAAUAUUCCAUACUCGAAUUUAUGUCCUCCUCUUUCAGCACUCCUGCUGGAUGAGCGAUUGGGUUGGAAUGCCACUUAGUGUCUUGUAAAUUCAAUUUAAAAUGAAGUAAGCUAGAUUUUUACAGGGGAAUAUUUAUAAUUUUUUAACAUGUUGGAAUUCUAAAGAUGGUGAAAAAGAAACCUGAUGGUAACCAGCUGGUGUUUUGAACCAUCAAAUGGGGAAUGACUUGACGUUUUUAUGAAAAAUGUAUUUUCAGGCAGAUUGUUUGUACAUCAAGCGUAGCUAACAUGGUGAAUUAUCACAAAAGACUAGGUGUGAGAAGGAAUCAUGUAGUAGUGAGGGCUCAACAUAUAAACAUGUAUUUAGUUGGUCAUAAGGUUUUCAGUUUGUCAGUAUUUUUGGCUUCCUCCGUCUAGUCCAGUUCUCACAUGUAGGUUUCUUUGUGUGAUCCACUGUAUUUUGCACCGUCUAACCCCACUUUGGUUCCAUAGGCUAAGGGUAUUUCGGCUCAGGGCUUUUGGCUGUAGACGUUUCACAGUUCACUCGGUGUUCUUUGGGAGCAGAUGUAGUUUUUUAUGUUUGUACAGAUUUGAUUGCUAGAUAUUGUGGUGCCUCAAAGUUAACACAUAGAUGGUAGUGACUAUUUUUAACUGUGUGACUUAGUUUUAUGUUGAUUCAGUCUUGAUUUCUACUGUGUAUGCUUGUUUAGGAAACUAUGCUAACUGGAAAACUGCAGAGCAAUUCCACAGGCAAACUUGAAUGGGUUCCCUGCUUCAAACUGCACUUCCAGUGGGGCUCUCGAAGCUUUUCUCAGUUUCCUAAAACAAUGUUUUAUUUCUGUAGACGUCUCAUCCCUCUAAAGGGUUUUUAAAAAGAAGAGCUUUCAGUGAGUAUAAAACUUUCACACAUACUUGCAAUGCAUAUUUAUUAAACCUUAUUUAAGAAGUCCUGUCAAAUACCCUUAAAAUCAGUUUUACAGGACUUCCUUCCUUUUUUUUUUUUCUUUUUUUCUUUUUUUUUCCAAAUGAACUUCGUGUGCUUGAUAUGCAUGUGAUUAUAAUGUGGUUUCUAAACCAUAUUGUUUUCCAUAUGUAUUCUGUAGCUUGUUUAUCUAACUACCUAUUGUAUAGGGAGAAUGUUUACAUUUUUUCCAUUGACUUGAGUCAGUGUCUUAGCUUGCCCUCAGCAACUGAAUUUUCUAAAUAUGUGACUUGCAAAUGGCUUCCUGUUAACACUGAUCUGUUAAACAAUCUCAUCUCUCCAAAAUCUCCUUACAGUGUAAGGUUUUUCCCACAAAAAAUAACAAAGAAAUUACAGCAUUUUCUGUAUAAUUACUACAGGUUAUUGAACGUUAAUAAUUUCACCGUCUUACUGGAAGAGGUUCUUAAAUUUCGUCUUAAUAAGCAGAAAACUUUUGUUUUUGUUUUUUGAAAUAUGAACAAAUCUCUCUUUUUGUUUGUUUAAAAAAAGCUGUCCUGGUACUUUGGAGUCUCUAAUAGUGCGUAACUGCAUCUUGCUACUAUCUUUUGGUGCUACUUGAAUCUGUAAUGCAUUCCAUGUUUGAUGGUAGUUAAUGUUUUAUACGGGCUAAUUUCGAGACCCUUAAAAUAAUUGCAUGCUGCAUGUACUUUAUAGUGAGCACACAACAAAUGCUCGCAUGGCAUUCAGUGCAAUAUGUGUCUCCUGGUGCAGUACAUCCAAGCCUAUGACUUUCCGUAAAAGUUUGCAGUGGUUCUAAUCAGUUACAAAGUCCUAUGUUGAUUUUAAUAUUACUGCUCACUCUAUAUUGUGAUUAUAAAUUAUUUGUUCUUUCCUGACUAGUUGUGUAGCACCUGAACCUCCCUAAUUAACCAGUGGUAAGAUCGGUUGAUUCUGCUUUAUUUUAUCCUGUCCAGAUCCGGUUUUAAAAGAACUGGAAGGUAUGCCGACGACCAGCAAAAAAAAUAAAAAUAAAAAUAAAUCCAGUUUUGUAUAUUUAUAUGCAAUAGUGAUGUUCUUCUUCCUCCAUUCCUUCACAUAUGUGAGGAUCAUUGGUUUUUGGUCUGUGCUGGUUUGUAAAAAUACUUUUAUAUCUAUUUUUUGUAAUGUUGUUAUACUUGUUGGCCAACCCAGUCAAUGCUUUGUAAUAAAUCAUCAUGUGUUGGCUCGAAA